GUCGCGCGUGUAUUUUCCUCUCGACGCCGAAGAAAUUACGCUGCAAUUUCGAUUACUUUUUUUACUAUUUAAAUUCGUUGCUCUCUCUCUCUCUCUCUCUCGAGAACGAGAGAGAAGCCUUAGAUUGCUCAUGGUUUCGGUGGCCGAGAUGAGGAAGCAGAAUGUGAUAGUGCCGGAGGAGCUCGCCCUCACGAGGGCGAUGGCUGCGGCCGCAGCUAGCGGAGGCGACUCCGCCUUCCGAGGCGGAAUCGCCGUCAACUGCAAGAUUGUCAGCCAGCUCGAAAUAGGAAACGGCGGCGCCGGCGGCGGAAGCGCGAGGAUCAACCCGUGGGUCGACUCCCUUCACGCCUCCUCCCCCACCCACGUCAAGGCCGCCUUCUCCGCCGCCCGCGAGGAGGAGGAGUACGAGAAAUGGGCGAGGCAGCACCCUUCUGCUCUGGUAAACUUCGACGACAUCGUCGCGACGUCGAAGGGGAAGCGCAUCGUGAUGUUCCUCGAUUACGACGGCACUCUCUCUCCAAUCGUCGACGACCCGGACCGCGCCUUCAUGUCCGACGCCAUGCGAGAAGCCGUGAGAGACGUAGCGAGGCAUUUCCCCACUGCGAUCGUGAGCGGGAGAUGCCGCGACAAGGUGUUCAACUUCGUGCAAUUGAGGGAGUUGUACUACGCUGGGAGCCACGGCAUGGACAUCAAAGGCCCCAGCAAAGAAACAAAGCGCACAAAUUCUAAGGACAAAUCUGUAUCCUUCCAACCCGCGAGCGAACACCUUCCCAUGAUCGAUGAGGUCUACAAAACGUUGGUGGAGAAAACAAAUUCAAUCUCAGGAUCGAGAAUCGAGAACAACAAAUUCACUCUUUCAGUUCACUUCCGCUGCGUCGACGAAAAGAAAUGGAGCUCAUUAACUGAUCAAGUCAGGGCAGUGGUUAAGGACUACCCUCAACUCACUCUCACAGUGGGAAGAAAGGUACUGGAAAUUCGGCCAACUAUUAAGUGGGACAAGGGGAAGGCCCUCGAGUUCUUGUUGGAAUCUCUCGGAUUCGCCGACUGCAGCAAUGUGUUCCCAGUUCACAUUGGAGACGAUAACACCGACGAAGAUGCUUUCAGGGUUUUGCAUGAAAGGGGACAGGGAGUGGGCAUUCUCGUUUCCCAGGUCGCAAAGAAAACCAAAGCAUCGUUUUCCCUCAGAGACCCUACUGAAGUUAAGGAAUUUUUGCGCCGUCUUGUGGAAUGGAAGCGCCGCUCUUCCUCCAAGAACUGAGUUGAGAUUAAUUAAGGAGCUUUUCUUUCCUUGAGUUGGAUCUUGUUGGCAAGGAUUAAUGUAGUUAUUCAAGAAAAUAAAGUACGAGACUUAAAAAAACAAAGUGAAUCCCUUAAAUUGUCAAAAAAUUUCCUCCAAGAUCCUUGUUCCCUCCGUGCCUCGCACUGCCAUUAUUCUGUCGGAAAAUAGAAGAGCAUUCACGCAGGCUGUUGA